UGUAGUUGUGCUGCUUAUGGAUGUUCAAACGACACAAAUGAAGAAAAAAAACAGUAAGGGAUAACAUUUCACAGAAAAUAUGGCACACCAUAACCACCCAAUAGUUGGGGAUCUCAGGAAAACCGUCCCGAUACCAGAGGAUACACCAAAUGUCCAGGGCUACGACUUCAACCAAGGAGUGGACUACCGCGCCCUGCUGAAGGCUUACCUUACCACAGGCUUGCAGGCCACUAAAGUUGGAUUGGCUAUCCAGAAGAUCAACGCAAUGAUCGAGAGGCGUCAGCAACCGGUGGAGGGAGGUGUUGAUGAAGACCCAUCAACCUGCCCCUGCCUGAUGAGCUGCACCAUCUUCCUCGGUUACACAUCAAACCUCAUCAGCAGCGGACUCAGGGAGACUAUCCGCUACCUCGCAGAACACAAAAUGGUGGAUGUCUUAGUGACCACAGCUGGAGGUAUAGAGGAGGAUCUGAUGAAGUGUUUCAGCCCGGCUUACAUUGGAGACUUUACUAUGUCUGGCAAGGAUCUGUACAAAAAAGGCCAUAACAGGGCUGGAAACACUCUGAUCCCCCAAGAAAACUAUGUCAAGUUUCACAAAUGGAUGCCUCCGAUCUUAAAGCAGAUGCUGCUGGAGCAGAACACUCAGGGCGUUUGCUGGACUCCAUCUAAGAUGAUCCAUCGGCUGGGAAAGGAGAUCAACAACCCUGAAUCUGUUUACUACUGGGCCUACAAGAUGUACAUUCCGGUGCUCUGCCCUGCCCUGACAGACGGCGCUAUAGGAGACGAGCUCUUUGUCUUCUCAGCUGAAAACCCGGGCUUAAAACUGGACAUAGUUGAAGGUAAAAGAUUUGAUGGUUCUGAUUCAGGGGGCAGUCCUGAUGAGGCCAUGUCCUGGGGCAAGAUCAAAGUAGAUGCUAAACCUGUGAAGGUGUGUGCAGAUGCUUCCAUCAUUUUCCCCCUGUUGGUGGCAGAGACCUUUGCAGUCCAUGCUAAUAAGAUGACAGCUGGCAAGGAAAACAAAUAAACAAAUUGUCGGUCUGGAAUACAAAGCUUCAGAUGGAAUCAGUCAUAUUCCACAUUGUAAACCUUGAAAAAUUAUAAAAAUAAAUGAAAAUUCGAAAUUCUGCUUUGUUUCCACCAGCAAGGCAAAUGAUAAUACCAGUAAUACUGAGGUUCAAAGGCUAUAGUGUACUGUUAAACCCUUUAUGACAAAUUUGUGAUUCUGGGCUGUA